CACGAGGGAACCAUGUUUGCUGAUGGAAGAAGUUCAGAAGACAAAUUACGACGUUGUAGCUUGCGUCAUUUCGUUUUGUGAUCACCAGCAUGGGCAAGCGCAAGGCAACGACGGACGACGUACCGGCAAUGACGACGACCAAGAAGGCCAAGGGAGCGUCGCCCGACUGGCAGGUCGCCUUUCUGCGCGCAGUCAACGUUGGUGGGCGCGUCGUCAAGAUGGCAGCGAUCGCGGCGCACUUUCGGGCCAUGGGCUUUCACGAUGUCUCGACGUUCCUCGCGUCCGGAAACGUGCUCUUCGAUGCGAAUGGUGCGCCCUCCGAGGACCUCGAAGGCCGUAUUGAGAGCUACUUGAGCGACCACGUUGGGUUUGAGAUUCCCGUCAUGGUGCGGUCCAAGGCCCAGCUCGACGAGCUUGUGGCAUACGUCGAUGCGCACGCGCCGCCCGCCGCCUCGACGAUCCAUGCCAUGUUUGGAAAAGCGACCUUCUCGGACGACCAUGUGGCGCUGGCGACGACGUGGGCGACCGCCACCGACAGCUUUGCGCUAGGAACCGCCGACACGCUCGUGUGGUUUGCAGAGACGACGAUGAGCAAGUCGCCGUGCUUCAACAAGCCGUUUGAGAAGCUCGUGGGGACGGCGCUGACGCUGCGCAACAUGAACACGGUCCGCCGCGUGCUCGCCAAGCUCGUCUAGACCACAAGUGUCAGCGAAGAACCCGAGCUGGCGCCUUACGGUGGUCUGUGAUGUCCUGUUUUGAGCACGAAAUAGAACGAGCAAAAGAUGCAAGUCUCGACAACCAUUGCUACUCUGUUGCAUAGCAGUGAAGACGCCACCAAUCUGAACUUGUGAAUCUUCCGAGGAGAGCUACAUGCACAUGUUUGGUGGACGAGGGAUGUAGACUACCAAGUAUUCUAGUUGCUAGUAGUAACUAGUAAUAGAGCGUCUGGUU